AAUUCGAAAUAGCCAGCCGUUUACGUGAUUAACAGUGUCAUGGGACUCAUGCGAUGUAUUUGCAUUUUUGUAAAACAAACAUCGCGGUGACUCAGUAUUUCGUGAUUUAAUGAACUUGACAUCUUCAACCUUUCUAUUGCUUUCUCAUCCGAGCUAUAAUAUAAGGAGAUUUUCAAAGACCAUCUCCCCGGAUCUACCUCAGAAAUCACCAAUCGCGUCCGGUGAAUCACAUUCGCACACUAUGUGAAUUGACAAUUUGCAAGCAAGGACCAAGGCGUGUUGUGUGUGAUUUCUAUUAUUGUGAAUGCGUCACGUGUAUUCUCAAUGCCCCAAAGUUGAUGAUGGUGGGAAACGACCAAAAAAAGACCAAGUCCAGGACCAAGGAGAGUAAGACCGGUGACAACAUGAAGAAGAGUAGCAGUCGCUCUGGAAGAACUUCACCAGGGUUGAAUGUGAAAAGAUUCACCAUUCCAAAGAAGCAGAAAGAGCUGCUUAAUGAGGUUGAAUUGGACUCUAGUGAAUACCUCCGGGAGGUGUUACCCAUAAUCCAACAAGGGUACAGAGAGUCGUCUUCAAAGAACAAGUUCAACUAUGAAAAAGUACAGCUUAUCCACAAUCCUGUGCUGAAGAAAGAGUUCAUAGAAAAGAAGAGAGAGAUGAAAGAUGCAGGCCGAAAUGAAAAAGAGUUAAUAGAAAGCUAUGCAUUCCUCUAUGUGAAGACGGAAGAAAAGGCAAAACAACUCUGUCAAGAAUCUCUACAUACUGGAACAAAAGAGAAAAGAAAGCACUGUCUAGGCAGUCCAUCAAUGGGUGUUCAUGUCUGUAGAUAUUCUGAUGUAUUACAUCGUAAUACAGUGCCAAAGGAAGGAAUACUCCUACUUGUCAAGGUUCUCAAGGGCAAAGUAAAAGCUGUACCCCUGGUGUAUGGAGCUGCAGAAAUCUUGGAGCCUACCCCAAACUACGACUGCCAUGUAGCCAAGAACUCUGGGGAAGAAAUACCAAGCAGUGCCUCUCAUCGCCUCUUUGACUCAUCAGAGCUUUUCAUCUAUGACUUUGAUGAAGAUGAAGUAGAGUUUCGGAAGAGACCAAGGAAUAUCUGUCCAUAUGCCGUAGUACACUUCACCUACUCAGAUACCGGUGUAGCUUCAGCUCUACCUUCCUCAAGUAAUUUCAACAGAACUCCCGUUGCAUCAUCGAAUGAGACGACGCCCUCCAGAAACAUCUCUGUCCCUGAUACUGUGGGUAUAGCUGUAGUGGCUCCGUGUUUCCCAAGAGAUGAAAUUUUUACUCAGCUUCCAAUGAGUGAUGCAGACCGCCCAUUCAUUGAGAAGUACAAGGAGUACUCAGAAAGGAGUUACAGGGUUUGGUCAGGUGAACUUCUCAACAAGAAUGGCAACAGCUGUAGAGUGUCUCUUCUCUCAUUUGGUCUUUCAUUUCUACCUUGCAAAAUGCCAGAAGCCUUGCAAGCAUGUAAAGCUGUGAGGAUGAAGGAACUACGACUACCCACCAAGGUCUUCACAGGAACCGUCCCAGUGCUUUCAAGAGUCAAAGAGGCCCAAGCCAAUGGCAAGUACUACUGGUAUGCUGAGCUGCAUUCACUGAGUCUAGAUGAUAAAGUGUAUUCAAGGUUUCUCAACUACCUCUCUGAAAAAGAAUUGGUACUGAAGAAGGAACUUGGUGAUAAAGUACUGCUCUAUAUCCUACCAACCGGCAAGACAACUCAGAAUCUAGGACUGACUGCAAGCUCUCAUCCAAAGAUCUUGCAUUGCCUUGUAGAGUCAUAUGUUCCCAUGGUCAGUCACCUGACAGAUAUUACCGUGAAGCAGCCAAGACACCAAGUAAAGCCAAACCUGGAAUCUGCACCAAUCCAUGAUAUUGAUAAGGACCACUUGAAGCGGCUAAGGUUUCAGUCAUCCCUUGCGAAGCUCUUCUAUGAGCAGAACCGGGAACUGAAAGACAACGGUGUCCCAGGUGAUCUAGAGGAAAUCCCUCUACCAAGACAGUCGUCUGUUGAACAAUCAUCUAUAGAACCUGAUGAACCAGUUGUGGAGACUGUUAUUGAAAUGUCUCCUGCAAGUCCUGACGAGCAAGUGGAUGAGAAUUUGAAUUCUUAUAUUCCCAGAAGUCAGCAUUUGGAACAUCAGCAAAGCAACCAAAGAACAGCAGCUUAUGCAAAGCCUGAGGCAUCACCUGUUGAUGAACAUGACUGGAACAACUAUCCCAACGAUUGGAGGAGUGAGCAUCCUAGUAGUACCCCAUCAUGGGAUCAUUCACAUCCUCAACCCAACCACCAGAAAGAACAAAGCAGACAUAGGGUUGAAACCAAAGAGAGCCGAGACCCACGUGUGCACAUUCACAAACAAUUGCAACCUGGUGGUGAACCUUCAAACCACCAUGUCAGCCAACAAAGUCCAAGCAGUCAUCCACCUAGUUCCAAUCCGGGAGAGCAUCAUAGAUUGGGUCACCAACAGUACGAGCAGCAAUCAGGACAGCCAGAGAAUCAGUCGGGUCACCAGUCCUAUGAGCGCCAAUCAAGUAUGGAAUGGGGUCCUCCUAAAGGUAGUCCAAGGGGAAGGGGAUCGCAGUCAAGAUCGCAUCAAGAAUCAUAUCAUCACCAUCAAAAGCAUCCGCCUAAGCCUCCAGACAGUCAACAGUACAAACGUCAAGCCAGCAGUGAUUGGCCAAGUCAACAGCCAAGUGCCAAACAUAAACCAAAUCACGACAAGAGGCCACUGGAAGCUUCACAAGGUGACCUACCCCCACAGAUCAAGGAAGUAGCGUCCAAAGUCCAUAAAAUGCUGACCAGUGGACUAGACCUGGGUCUCCGAGGGGCUGCUGGUGAUGCUAACGUCCAGACGGUACAAGAGGAGACUGAUGAUGAGAAGAUCGCUAGGAUGAGGGCUACCCUACAGGCCUUGGUGGAGGAGAGGGAAAGACUCGCCAAGAGCAACUCAGAUAAGGAUUCUGCAGACCCUCCCACAUCAGUGCCACCGCCCAAGGGCAAUGAGGUCUUGAGCACCCCACCCACCAUCAUGGACACUACCUCAGAACCUAAACACCCUUCUCAAGAUAGUCCCAAGGAAAGCACAGUGGUGGAGAAACCCAACAAGACCAUAGUAGUAGAGAAACCCAAGGGAGAUGCACAGACCAAGGGAAAUGGCAAUGAGGCAGAUGUAAGGAUGGAAGAAAGAGUGGAUGUAUACAAGGAAGAAGCAAUGGAUAUAGUUGAUAGUGAUGAGGGGGAGGAAGAAGCGAAGAUUGUGCAAGAGAAGGAUAUUGUGAAGAGAAAACUUGAGGAGUCGGAAGAACCUGCUAAAAAGAAAAUGAGAGUUGAUGAUGUGCCAACUGCAGAAGCAGAGAAGGACAAAGGUGAUGUGACAAAGGCUUAUCCUGUUGUGCCAGAGAGUGUUGUGCAAAAGAAUAUUGCAGUAUAUGGGGUUAAGACGGUUAGUAAACCCAUAAGUAGAACAGACAGUACAGAGCAACAAUCGCAGGGAGCUACAAAUCAAAAGCCAAUAAGUGCAAAGGGUCUUGUGGAUCCAAAACAACCAGAACCAAUGACCAAAACACAGAAAGAUCAAAAUAAAAUACAGGCUCCUGAGAAGAAGCCAAAGAGCGAUGUAGGAGAAAAGAACAGAGUUUCACAGACUCUUGAGAAGAAGCCGAAGAGUGAUGUAGGAGAGAAGAACAGGGUCUCCAAGAAAAGUGAGAGUGCAGACAAGCCAAGUAAGGUGUCCAAUGAAAUAACCAGUGCGUCGCAGAUGAGGGAGUACCUUGAGAGAAGGCACAGCAGUGACAAGAAGGGCUCGAAGGAACACAUCUCCAGUGCAUCAGAGAUGAAGAUGUUCCUGGAGAAUCCCGACAAGGUUUCCAUCAAACCAAGGAGAAUCAAAAGUGCCUCUGAGAUGCGCCAGUUCUUGAAUCAGCCUUUCACCAGAGACAAAUCAUCCAAGACGCCUGGGUUUGAAGGACAUAAAGGGCGGCCAACUGCUGCUGCACCGGACAAUACUCCCCAAUAUCCCGAGCUCGAGGGCAAGUCGAGGGAUGACCUACUCAAGAACCAUGAUGGUGAACUUCCAAGCAAUCAUCUACAGAACUUCCUCAGCACCCACCACCAGAUCACCUGGUCUCUGUCCCAGGGGGUUAGGGUCACUGUGGGGAGGGAGAUGGCAGGAGCUAGGCUAGGUCCUCCACCCCCCGGUGCUAAGAAGGAAGGGAUGGAGGAAGAAGAAGAUGACUGUACCUCUAGCAUCACAGCUGUGUGUCAUGGCUCUUAUCGGUCAAUGAAUGGAACACAACCAGACACCAGUACCAAAGAGGGACUAGCAGAUCAGAUACGUCAAGUUAUUCAUCAUAGCCAACCGGUCAAGAAAGUUGAAGCAAGAAAGGUGAAGGAGAUCCAGAAGGGGGGCAAGCAGAGGAGAAAGAGCUCAACUCAACUAUCAACGGAGAGCCAAGACCAGGGGAGAGGGGAGAGUCCAGCAAACAUACCAGAUGGAAAGAAGAGAGAUAACAGUAAAUCAACAUCUAAGAAGCAGCCAGGAAAUAUAAAGCUCACAACCAAAAAGAGUCAUUUAAGUAAAGUUGAGACCCUAAGCCAUGCUGUUGGAAGUAAAGAAACGUCCCUGCAAGUCCCAAUGAAACACAUCAAAUUGAAAAUCAAGAAAAUUAAGAAAUCAUGUACAACAAUCUCAAGCUCAGGAGAAGCUGCAGAGAAAGAGAAAGUGCCAACUCAAGCCAGACAUGCCAUGGAUUCAACUCGAGGUCUAUCUCAGAAGAAGAACAACAACAACAAGGAUAAUUCAGUGACACAAACAGAUACACCAUCUGGUCCAUAUGUCUCUGGAAAAUACUUACCUAAGACCAAGUUGAAUCAUCAAUCUUCUGCUGACAAAAUGAUAGACCGAGCCCAAGCUGCUGUGGAUGUGACAGAAGCAGUGAGAGAUAUGGUGACGUGUCUGUCCACAGACGAGAUAAGACAACUGCUUGGGGUGUUCGAUGACUUAUUCAGCAGUAGACCUGACACUAAUCAGAGCCAGCCAGUACCAAGUGACAACAAAGACUGUUUUGAUGCCAUGCAGCUGUCUACAGUGGAUCCACAAUCUUGUGGAGAUGCCGGACACUCUGGAAUGCAGAGAGAAGAUCAAGGUGGUGGAGACAAGGAAAAAAUGGUCCUUAUAUCUCCUAAAAAGUCUGUAUCAAAGAAAAGCAGCGACAGGAAAGACCAUCUUGCAGAUCAAGGAAGUCCAAGUCAAAAUAAGAAGAAGGCAGAAUGCCAAGUUGAUGAUGUCGAGCAACUGGAAGAAGACCAUCCCCUUGAACAGAAGAUGGAGGCAGGACGUAUCGUGGCUGACACCAAGCAGCUGGGAGAAGACUAUCCCAUGAAACAAGGUGUUCCUUUGCUUCACAAGGUGGAAGCAGAACAUCUUGUCGGUGAUGUAAAGCUAUUUACUGAUAACCAUCCUCAAGAAAUGCCAACUCUUACCUUGGAGAUAGAUGAAAAAGAAAAACCUGGUGGUGAUACCGAGCCUACAGAAGAUGAAGAUACGUUGCCCUACCCUUUAGAGCCUGUCCAAGACGGGGCGAGUGGGAUUGAUGAAGCUUGUAUUCACUUGUAUGACUCUGACAGAUGGAGUGAGUUAGAUGAGGACAUGCAGGCUGAUGCUUCCAAGGAGCACACACCACAGAAAAGUGCAAAGCAAUCUAGGAAAGUACAACCCCUUGAUGUUGCAGCCACUUCUCUGGAGAAGACAAAACAACUUGUCAAAGAUUCUGCUGGUGAGACUGCUGUUUCUUUGGUAUCUGAUACAGCUCAAUCUAAGCCUUCAAAUAAAGUGAGUGCAGCUAAGAAUCCACAACGCGCAGAUAUGCUUUCCAUCCUUAUAAGAGAAUGUGCAAACAAGACACCGAUCAAAAAAGUAACGGAGAAAGAGCACAGGGAAGGAAGCAAAAGAGUCCCGGUAUCCAUCUUUGAACGCCUCUCUGCAGUUCAACCCAAAACAAGGAAUGUGGUUAAAGAUGAAAAGAAAAGUGCUGAUUAUCAUGGGAUUUCUUUGGAGUCUGGAGAUAAAGUGAAAAGAAAUGAUAGCCCACAACCCACUAGCAGUCUUCCUGCAUUACCAGAAGCUUCACAAAGUGAACUAGCAAUUAGUGUAGACAAGGGCACAGAGAAGGAUGAAAAAACCACAAGAGUUACUGUUUUUGACCGCCUCAACACCAAACAGCCAGGUCAGGAGCCUCAGAAGAAGAGGGUCUCUGUAUUUGAUCGUCUGUAUGUACCCAAAACUGUUAAGCCAGAGCCAACUCUAACAGAACCUAGUAAUUUGGAGAGGGUUUCAGCAUUUGAUAGACUUUCUUCAAGAAAGAUCACAAAGACAUCCACUCAAGAGAAAGAAAAACAGAAAGAAGAUACGUCAUCAAGAAGUUCUUCAUUAAAGGUUAAAAAAGAGAAAACUACGGCAAAAUCAGUGUUGUCAAGCAAGGUAAAUAAGGUAGAUUCUGGUAAGGUAACAGCUGGAGUUGCAAGUUCAGUAGGCACUGUCAAACCCUUGAAAGCUCGUGGAGUCGUACAAAAGGAUAUGCUCAAGGAUGUACUUAAAAGUAAGAAGAGAGAGCUUCCAAAAGAAGAUGUUUCAGCAAACAAAAAGUACAAAUUGGCCAUAAAAGAUCAGCAAAAAGAAAAUGUCACAUCUAAGAAAGAGGACAAGUUUGUGAGUAAGGACCCAGUUAGGAGAGCACAAAUAUAUAAUGAUCUACCAAGAGAGACUGUUGCUUCAAGCAACAAGAAUAAACAGACCACCAAAAGUCAUGGAAAGAGAGAAGAGAAGGUAAUAGACCUACAAAGAAAAAGGGAUACUUCAAGCAAGAAGCCCCUUCCUGAUCCUAGAGAUCAAGCAAGAAGGGAAAAAAGGCAUGUUAGCAGGACAUAUGAAGAAAGGAAGGAUAAAGAACACAGAAGGCAUGGCUCCAGGGGGAGAGACUCUGAACAUAGUUCAGUGAGUACCAAAGAAGACAGUGACACAAUCCGCAAGAACAUCCUUAAAAAAGCCAAUGACCUUGCACCAGAUUUUUCAAAAUAUGUUGUCUCUGGGCGAUACUUGGAGUUGGAAGGAAAGUCACCAAGCCUACUAAAUGAUCCUGAUCCAGUAGAAACACUAUCCAACAACAUUACAGACAGAGCAGGACUUGAGAAAUGUUCUAAUAUGGCUAAAGAAAAAACAGCAGUUGAUGGUUAUCCACGGGAAGUUCAAUCUAAAUGUGUUAGUAAUACAACCAAUGUUGCAAUUCAAAACAAUGAGGAGAUACAACCAUUUUCUUUUCAAGAAUCAUACCUGGUUUUAGACCAAACUCAAAGGGACAUUAAUUACUCACAAGUCAAUGAACAACAGAUACACACUAUAUCAGUAAUAGGGGGGUCCACUGCAAACUCAAUGCGCCCAUUCCAUGAAAUGAGCGUUGACAAUGAUGCAAUAACGAAUGGCUUACCUGAUGAUUUACCACUUGAUAGGAUCGCAAUUAUGGGGAACAGGGAAGGUGAUGGGUCUUCUUCAGAAAAGAUUCAGACACAAAUACUGGGUGAGCCAUACAAUUCAGUUUCUCCUGAGCCCUCAACUAUACUUUCUCCAGAGACUAAGAGAGCUUUUGAACAGGCACUGAAAGGUUCAAUAGGCUCACCUACAAAACAGGAUUACCGUCCUGAGAGUCCAACAAACAGCAUAAGCUCCCUGUCGAAUGGUCACCAAGACCAAGUCUUAACCAAAAACGAUGUCCCCCCUCCAACAUCAAGUUAUGAAGAAAGUACCUCUACAUUCACUCAAAUCACUUACGAAAGAGAUGAACCUUGUCAAGACCAUGAAGACUCCAGGAAAGUGAAGACUAGCCUCAAAGCACCAUCCUCUCGGCAAGUUUACUGUGGUAACCGCUUUCAUCCAUACGACAAAAGACUCAAGACCUUUCAAGGUCACUGCCACAAUCUCCGUGAACCAGAAACAGCCGAACUGAUUGCCAACUUCUGCAAGGAGGAGUACCGCUUGAGGAAGCUGAGGGCUGCUGCUAGAGUGUCUGCUCUCUCCAAGGAGGAGGAAUUCUUCGAUCAGGCCAGGCUGUCUCCAUCCCGCUUUGGCUCGUUGAACGAGAUGAGCCAUGAUGAAGGGGUCAUCCAGAGGUCAGAGGAGGUAGAGAUGACCCAUUCUAGGGAAGGUGCAGGAGAUGCAGUUGCUGGCCAGAGAGAAGACAAGUUGCAGAUCCUGGACAAGCAGAUCAAGGAUCUGACAGCAAGCGGCAGUGGCAUCCAGGACUUCUUCAUUCUGGAUGCAAAUGUGUACCCAAUCAAGAAUGGGGAUGACAGUGCUUUGUCUGGUGUGCCUCCUAAGACAAGAGCCAGGAGAGGGCGUGGCCGUGGACGGCCCCACGCCAGGCGCCAUGGACCCCCUCCUCAUCCAUACCAGAUACGUACUCACUAUCAAGGUCACCCUAGUACCUCCAGGGAUUACUCCCAAGAUAGGUGGAAUGGACCUAGUGACAGGUCGUGGAAUGGACCAAGCCAGAGGAGCAUGAACCAAUGGGAUAGGUCGCCCAGACAUUCCCCUCAAAGAAACUUUCAGUACAGGAAAGGCCACUGAGAAUUCUUAAUCUCUGCAGAAAACUCUCAUCAAAGCUCACUGGAAUGGACGUAGCCACAGGGCCUGGAAUGGACCAAGUCAGAGUAGCUUGGGCAGGAGGUGGGAUAGGUCAUCCAGGUAUCCACUUCCGAACAAGUUCCACUACAGGAAAGGCCACUGAGAACUCAGAUCUUUGCAGAAAACUGUUGAUAGGCUCAACACUUAACAACUGAAAUGGACCUAGCCACAGGGCCAGAAAUAGACCAGUUCAGUUUAGCUUGGACCGAGGGGAAAGGUCAUCCUGAUGUCUGCCUCCUAACCAGUUCCACUACAGGAAAGGCCACUGAGAACUCUUUAUCUCUGCAGAAAACUGUUGAUGGGCUCAACACUUAACAACUGAAAUGGACCUAGCCACAGGGCCUGGAAAUAGACCAGUUCCGUUUAGCUUGGACCGAAGAGAUUGAUCAUCCUGAUGCCUGCCUCCAAACCAGUUGCACUGUAGGAAAAGCCCCUGAGAACUCUUACUUACAUGAUUUUGUACUUGUCAUUAUACUCUCAAAUUUGGUUGAUAAAUGGAUGCCACUAAGAUGCCUCUAUUUGAUGAUGCCUUUGAACAACUCUAACCAGCUUCAGACACAUCUUGCCUACCAGUGGUAACCAGUUCACCGUCUCUCUACUCAGUAGCUUGUGCCAGUGGGAAAAUACAAUAAAAAUGAUAGAAAUUAUAAGUAUUUCAUGACAUUUAUGUCAAGACAAUCUAACAGUCUAACUCCUUCCAACAUUGUCCUUGCCAGCUAGGCUUUUAUUUUUACAUACAACAGAUUAUGACUUUAUCGUCUGUAAUUUUUUUGAGUAACUUUUGUAACUUUUUCACAUAACAUGUAUUUGGAUUAAAAAUUGAAAUUCCCAAGCAGUAUUAUUUUGAUGAACAAAAGAGACUUACAUGUGCUUGUGUAUCAUGAACUCAACCUGAAAAUGUGAGGUCAAAUGUUGGCAUUUGAUAUAGGUGGAUGUAAGGGAAUUUUCCAGACUUUUUAGCAAUAUGAAGUUUUUAAUGAAAGAGCUUGUUUCCGGCAGAUAAAGUUGUUGUUUCCUUUUGUACCUUUCAUUUUUUAUAUAAUGUUCAUUUUUCUCUCUUGUAAUUUAUACACAGUCAGCUUUUACAUUUGAUUUCUUCAACAAUGUUUGUUGAAUGCUUAAACUAUGUAUUUUGUCCUAAAUUAGGUGUGAUUUUUCUACUUUUUUUAUGAGAACAUCUUGCUGCCAUUUUACUAGGUGCUCUUGUCACUAUAAUUCAAAAUGGGCACAAGUAAAACUGCAGCAACUUAGUAUGUUCUUUUAAAAGAAUUAUGUGAAGACUAUGUUUCAUAUGUUUAAUAGCCAUUUAUAUCCUCUUAAGUUUACAAGAGUACUGAAAGAAAAGGGGGAAAAUGAAAUACAAUGUAUGUCUCCUUUGCAACAAGACUAAAUUUGUCAAAUUUUGCUUCAACAGUAUUGAAAUAUUUGACUACAAAAACUCUUGUGGGCUUUAAAAUUGUAAAGAUUUACUCCCUUGUCUUCUUAGCCAAUAAUCAGUUGUAAUUGUGCUAUGUAUUACAAAGCUUAUCUGAACCCAAAUAAAUUAUUGUCAAGAUUGUGCUUUAGAAUUACUCUGAGAUAGAAUGGUUCAUUGUAUUGAUUAGGCAAAGUAAAAAGAUGUGUAUCAAGUUUCCUAUUCUUGCUCCAGAUUCUAAAUACAUGUAUUAUGUCACAAUAAUUUAAACAAGUUUAAGGUUUCUCUUAAAACGUAUUUAUUCAAUGUUAAAAGUGUACACCCAUGAACUCAGCGUCCCACACUACAUGUACUUCUUUGCUUCUAAGUGGAUUUUCUCAUUUGUAUGACUUUUUCUUGUAAUUUUUUCUUUUCUAUAUAAAGCACAUAGGGACAUGCUAUCCUGUAAUGUGUUAUGCGCUAUAAAAGAACUGAGUAUUAUUAUUAUUAUUAUUAUUAUUAUGUGUAUUUUUGCUCAUUUUCUUCCACAAAGCAGCUAAGAUCUAUUCUUAAACGAUGGUACAUGUAUUUCCUUUUCAUGUCAAUAAUUUGCUUCCUACAGUAGUUUCCAAAUAAUGUAGGAGCAAUGCUUCUUCAGACAUUGUCGCUAUGUAUUCAUUUGUUUUUCCAAUGUUCUCACCAUGUGCUAUCCAAUGAACUCAACAGCUUAUCGCCUAAUACUUUAGUCACACCAACAAGACAAAAAACAGGCUGAUCACAAAAUUACAUUGCUUAAUUUGCUCCAACGGCCAAUAAGUGGUCAGAGUCGCUGUGGCUGAGGUGUAUAGGUCUGUUGUGUAUUUUAGUUUCGUUGGAAAGCCUUCCGUACGUUGUGGAAUUCCCAGAAGUAGUCAUUGAAAAUACAAUGGGACCUCGUUAUAACGAACUCCUGGUGACCAAAUCAAUUACGUUCUUAGAUACAAAUCUUGAUGUACAAUGUAUCAGCGCUCAAAAUCUGUCAGAAAGAGAGAACUUGGAUCGGUAUAAAUACAUCCUUUUAAAGGUAAAGACCAGUAUUGGAAACGCCCCAAUUU